AUGACCCAAGGUGGAGUUCCAGAGUUGGAAGCCAAGAGUGCACGGGCUGAGCACACGGGCUGCCUUACAGGAUGCCAGGGGGGACGGGGCUGGCUCAUGGCCCAGCUGGAGAGGCAGCCACCACGCGGCCCCAUACCGUCACGCGGGACAGCGGGGACGCGCGUGCGGGCGAGGGGCCUCCCGCCGCCCGCCCCCGGUUGCUCCCCGAGUCGGCCCUCCUCGCCCGGAAGCGCUCGGGGCGGGGCCUGGCCUCUCCGGGAGACUCUGGAGGCGGAGUUGGGCGGCGGGGCUCCCUCCCCAGACUGCAGAGCUGUUUCUUUUCUUAAAACAACCACCCACCCGCCCUUUUCUAACGGCCUGAAAAGCACCUUCUCUGCUGCACCCUCUGUCCAGGGAGCGAACGAGCGGGAGGCUCAGACGCGGCCCGCCCCGCCCCUUUUCAGGCCUCGGCUCCUCAGGCUCCGCCCCCGCCUCGCCCCGCCCCGCCCCUCCGGCCUUGAGCCCGGGGAAGGAGACCCCGCUCCGGCCGGAGACUCCGCCCCCCGCCGCAGCCGGCCCUGGAAGAGCAGCGGGAGGGCCUCCGCCUGCUCGGACCGGACAGGACCGGACGGGGUGCGAGAAGCGGGCUUCUCCCCCGCCGACUGCCGACUGCCUGCGCCCCGGGGCGAGCCGCGAGCACCCGGCCCGGCGCCGGUUCAGCACCACGGACAGCGUCGCCGGCCCGUGGGCGGCCCCAUGGCGCUGCUCCUCGGCCUGGGCCUCCUGCGGCUGCUCGCGGGGGUGUGGGGCACAGACACGGAGGAGAGGCUGGUGGAACACCUCCUGGACCCCACUCGCUACAACAAGCUCAUCCGCCCGGCCACCAACGGCUCUGAGCUGGUGACGGUGCAGCUCAUGGUGUCACUGGCCCAGCUCAUCAGCGUGCACGAGCGGGAGCAGAUCAUGACCACCAACGUCUGGCUGACCCAGGAGUGGGAGGAUUAUCGGCUCACCUGGAAGCCCGAGGAGUUUGACAACAUGAAGAAAGUUCGACUCCCUUCCAAGCACAUCUGGCUCCCAGAUGUGGUCCUGUACAACAACGCCGACGGCAUGUACGAGGUGUCCUUCUACUCCAACGCGGUGGUCUCCUACGACGGCAGCAUCUUCUGGCUGCCCCCUGCCAUCUACAAGAGCGCCUGCAAGAUUGAGGUGAAGCACUUCCCGUUUGACCAGCAGAACUGCACCAUGAAGUUCCGCUCAUGGACCUACGACCGCACAGAGAUCGACCUGGUGCUCAAGAGCGACGUGGCCAGCCUAGACGACUUCACGCCCAGCGGCGAGUGGGACAUCGUGGCACUGCCGGGCCGGCGCAACGAGCACCCAGACGACUCCACCUACGUGGACAUCACCUACGACUUCAUCAUACGGCGCAAGCCGCUCUUCUACACCAUCAACCUCAUCAUCCCCUGCGUGCUCAUCACCUCGCUGGCCAUCCUGGUCUUCUACCUGCCGUCCGACUGCGGUGAGAAGAUGACGCUGUGCAUCUCCGUGCUGCUGGCGCUCACCGUCUUCCUGCUGCUCAUCUCCAAGAUCGUGCCGCCCACCUCCCUCGACGUGCCGCUCGUGGGCAAGUACCUCAUGUUCACCAUGGUGCUGGUCACCUUCUCCAUCGUCACCAGCGUGUGCGUGCUCAACGUGCACCACCGCUCGCCCACCACGCACACCAUGGCGCCCUGGGUCAAGGCCGUGUUCCUGGAGCGGCUGCCCGCGCUGCUCUUCAUGCAGCAGCCGCGUCACGGCUGUGCGCGCCAGCGUCUGCGUCUGCGCCGACGGCAGCGCGAGCGCCAGGGUGCCGGGCCGCUGCUCUUCCGCGCACGCGCGGCCGGGGCUGGGGUCGGGACCGAGCCGGGGGCUCCGUGCGGCUGCGGCCUCCAGGAGGCGGUGGACGGCGUGCGCUUCAUCGCGGACCACAUGCGGAGCGAGGACGACGACCAGAGCGUGAGGGAGGACUGGAAGUAUGUUGCCAUGGUGAUCGACCGCCUCUUCCUCUGGGUCUUUGUCUUGGUGUGUGUCUUUGGCACCGUUGGCAUGUUCCUACAGCCUCUCUUCCGGAACUACAGCCCCACCGCGUUCCUCCGCCUGGACCACUCGGCUCCCAGCUCCAAGUGAGACCUGGCUGGCCGUACCUCCUCGCCCCUCUGCCUGUCACACAGCAGCGUGGAGGACGGACAGGCAGGCUGCCAGGAAGAGCAGCGCUGCCCCAGAUCUGACCUCCUGCUUCACCCGGGCCCCCACAGCUCCAUCCACACAGCCAGCUGUGGCCUGGGGGCCCGGCCACGCCCCCUUCCUGCCAAUGGGACUACUGCAUUGGUGAGGUGGGGACGGGGGUCAGAGCCCGCCCCACCCGGGAGGGGGGUUGGCAGCACCAGGAAGGACAGGAGGGCCACGGCCUGCGAGUCACAGGAGAGUGGGCUGUGGGGGAACACGAGAGGGCCAGGAGCUGGAGCUCUGCGCCAGCCUGGCUGACACAGGGCUGGGCAUGGAGAGGACCUGGAGUUCACCUGGCCUCCACUGCCUCGGUGAACUGCAGCUCACAGCCUAGAGGGUCCGGCUGGGGGCUAAGCCUGACCCCGCAGUCAACUCCCAGGAGGCUCAGUCCCACAGCCCUGUGCCUCGGAGGGGUCCAGGGCACAGCCCAGGUCCCCUCUGCCCGAUGACAAGUUCUCUGCACCAACUUCUCUCUUGUCCCUCCCACCCACUCCUCCCCACUGGGAAUUGAACUCAGGACCUUGCACUUGCGAUUUGGGCACAGCACCACUGAGCUACAUCCCUUUCUCUCUCCGACUCAGGGCUUGGUGGGCAGGGCUGGCCCUGUGAGUUCUAAGUCUUGGAGCCUGAGGCCCAAAUAUCAGAUUGUGAGAAGUGCAAGUUCAAGGGCUUUAGGAGCUGGAAGAACGUUUGCAGCCAUGGAUUCCAGCAGGAGCCAUGUUACAAAUGGAGAAUGCCCAGCUGAGCGUGGUUAGCACAGGUGCUCACAGGACAAGGAAGACACCGGCUGCAAGAUGCCAACACGGCUACAGAGCUCUGAGGCCCUGCUGUGUGCCGCACCCUCCUUCACCUUGACCUGCCUGGCCGCCGGAAGGAUGGGAAGUGAGGGCCUUUCUGUCCAUGGCAGAGCCAGGCUGGGCAGUGGAGCCUAGCGGAGCAGGGGAUGGUGGCCGGAACUUGGGCCACCUGUGCUGCCCAUGCUCUGCCCCCAGCCCCAGACCUGAGCAGGUUGGAAGCGGCUCCAGGACAGGUCUGCUGCCACCAGGGACUCCUGAGGAAGCGGCACCUCAGCUGCCUCUCCUGGGCCCUGCGGGGGGCUCCCAGGGUCCCACUGGAGGGCUUGGCUGUAGGCCCAGGACACAGACCAUUGGGCAGCCUGGCCCUUCCUUCCUCCACCAGGGGACUGGCUGUCAUUCUGGUCCCAGCCUGUGCUCAUACUGGGCUGAAGAUGGCAGGAGCUGCGGGAGAGCCCACCCAGCGCAGGCCGUUUGUGCCCAAGCCUGGGGGCACUGCUGCUUCUCUGGGCACAGGGGAGGGGGAAGCAGGGCGUGGGACGCCGUCUGGGGCCAGGCUCUAGGCCCAGCUCUGCUGCCCUCGCUGGCCAGUCUCCGGGUCUGUAAAUGGGGGGUCCUGUCCCUCGGGCGUGGUGAGGCUGGAGGGUCUGUGCUUGGGAAGGUCUGCCGCUGUCUCCUGCAGAGCAGGCACUUCUAGAAUGAGUCUGGGAGGCCUGGGAGCUGCCUCCUGCGAACCAGCCAGGACCGGGCACAUCUAGUGGGUCUGCCGGGCUGGGCUGUCCUCUGUGGCAGCCCCUCCCCUGGCCCUGCUCCCAGGGGAGAUCUGGACUUGAGUGGAUGGCACUGCCGGUGGCCGACAGCGGCACAGAUGCGCCCCCGCCAUGCGGUGGCCCUUCCCGGUGCAGUGUCUGGGCGGAGACGCCCUCCAGAGCAGAGCUGAGGGCUGCCGGGGUCUCCCAGAGGCCCACUGCUGACCCCCACCGGCUGCUGCCUGGCUGGGCUUGCUUUUAACACCACCCACCAGAGCUGUUGUCCAGGGUGGUCACCAGAGGGCGCUUGAGGGGGUGUUAGGAGCAACGUGUCGGCUUCUCUCGUGGAUUUAACCCCCCGGAGGGGCUGAGGCUCAGAAGUGGUUUGCUGUCUGAGGUGUGGCCCUGGACAUCCCUUCAGCGGGAAAGAAUGGGCAGGGCGCAGCAGGGAAGGGCGAGGGCAGUGACUGGGCAGCCUCACUCCUUCCAUCUGGGUGCAGUUCUGGCCCCACAGUAGGGAGGAGGGAGGGCAGCGCAGGCAGGCGGCCCCAGUGCACGGGCACUGGGAGCUUGGCAGAGCCGUGGUCCCACCUUGGGUCCUGUGUUCCCCCUUUGGCUCCUUCCCAAGGCGGGGUGGCUCUUCAGAGACUGCUGGGCUGGAGGGGGCAGAGGAGCUGCAUGGAAACCCAGCGUGGGGCUUGGGAGCAGCAGUGAGGACCGGGCUGGGAUUCAUCAGCAGAUGGUGAGAGCAGCAGGCGGGCCCGGCUUUCUGGCUCUGCUCCCGACAGCUGGCACUGCAGCAUGGGGCAUGCCACCCUGGCACAGCUGGGACCAAGCCCCUGACAGCCUGGAAGCAAACCAGCCCCAGGCAGCACCCUAGCCCUCCCCGUGCUCUGCUAGGAGAGCUCUGCAGAAGGGCAGGGCCACUUCCCCCGGGACUCUCCAAGUCCCAGGAUUGGCUGCGUGCCUGGAGGGCCUGCUCUGUGACGGGGGUGAGUGGUCCUGAGCUCCAAACCCAAGGUGCCCCAAGUGCAGGUCCCGCUCCCCGGGGGAAGUGAGGGCACUGGGGCCUGGCAUUCAGUCCGGGCAGAAGUGGGCUGCUGUCCACCGCCCCUCAUGGCCGGCCAGACGCACAGCAGCUCCCCUUCAGUAGUUCCUGUGGCAGUCGGGGGUCUGUGGAGUCGCAGUGCGCGAAGGGACACAGCUCUAGGAGUCGGUGGGACACCGCCCUCUCCCCUGAUGCCCGCCCGCCCCCUCACUUGGCCCUCGGCCUCCUGUCUGCACUCUGGGACUAGCACCACGGGACUCACUGGAACUUGAGAUUCUCUUAAGAAAGCCGUUUUCAGAGCCAUCUUGUCACUCUGUUCUGUUUGGGGGAAUGUGGUGGCGGGGUUAGGGGUUCCCGCAGGCCAGUGUUGGCAAAUGGGGUAAAAAGGGGGAAUGCUGGAGAAACGGGGCCCACGAGGGGUCAGGGCAUUAUCCAAACCCAAAGAAACGGAGAGUGGUGAUGGGCCUGCCGUGGGGUUACUGUGGCUUUCUUGCCUACAGACCCACUUAUCAGGAGGAAGGGAAGUGGCCCAGCGGCACGGCCUGGGGGAGGGCCCAGUCUGCUCCAGGACACUGGUUGCAUCCGGCCCCCAGUCCUGAAAAUGAUCUGAAACUGGGGCUGAGGACAUGGCUGGGCGGCUCUAGGGUCCAGGCCCAGCACUGCAGUCAGCUGCAGGUGAACAGCCUGCUUCCUGCCCCACAACUGGGGGGGACACUGUCCACUUCCUCCAGCACCACCGAGUGCGCGCUCUGCCCCAGGUGAGCCCUCGUCCCAGGGUGCUGCCCACCUCCUGAAGGACUUGGGCACAGCUCCCUGCAGGUGAGCAGGAGCUGCCGAGGCCGGAGGCCCGAGAGGUCUGGCCUCGGCCAGGGGACGCUCGCCUGCAGCCUUUAAUUAGAAACCGCUCAGUUGCAGCACUUUGCGCAGACUGCGAUGCCCCGCAGUUCUGGCUUAGUGUCAGGCUCUGCUGGCCCCAGGUGUCCCCUCUGUGUCGGAAUGGUCACGUCCACUGCGACGUAACCUCACUGCCAGCUACUUUGUGCUCACUAGUACAACAGCAAUGUUAGAAGGUCAAGGAUGGUCUUCCAGAAAUUCUGGAGUAAGUGUGGAAGGAGUCAAAAUUCAAGAUAAAGGUUUCAGAUGCUGCCUCGGAAGCGAGAAACUACGGUGCGCCUCUAACAGCAGCUGAGCUGCAGCUCACUCCAAACUCACAUCCUUGCAGGCAAAGCCGCUGGGGCGGGGCGGGAUGGCGAGCCUCAGGUCCUCUUCCGGUUCUGGGCCUGAGAGCCUGUGUAUCAAGCCCCAGCGACAAGGUAUGUAAGGGGGCUGGGCUGGGGACGUCUGAGAGACCACGGGUCCCACCCGGCUCUCCGAGCGCUCCUGCACUCGGACGUGGAAGGAUGACGCCCUCCCCAAGUUCUCUGUGGGAUGCAGCUGCUGAUGUCACCCCAGGCCCCAAGAUCAUAGGUCCUCUGUCCCCACUCUCACCUCACCCAGGAAACGACGGCGCUUUCCAAUAAUUCAGAUUUUUCCUGUCUUUAUUUACGAGGAAUGUAUCUUUUUAGGAUCAAGGGGCACAAAAAGCAGAAUCAUAAAACUGGA